CCUGGGUUCUCAACCAGGCAGGUUGAGGGGCUCCAGAGAGUUGAUAUAUUGCAGAGGAAACUGGCUUUUCAGUUUCCUCAUAUAUUCAUUAAGUCUGUUUUGGGAUCUGGAGCCUGGAGAUUUCAAAGAGAUCUGGGAGGGAUGAAAUCUCCAAUCCGGGGUCCGUGUUUUGAGAACCCCCAGCACACUGAUUGCACAGGUGUGUGCAGGCCUUUUUAUAGAGUCCUGACCAUAGUUCUGGGCUCCACCCCGGCAGACAGAGUCAGGAGGGCUCCACCCCGGCAGACAGGAGUUCUGGGCUCCACCCCGGCAGACGGAGUCAGGAGGGCUCCA